UCGGAAAAUCGGAAAAUGUGUGAAGAAAGAUAUUUUCCAAAUCCGUAUAGUGAUUAUGACGAACGUGUGCAUGGAAAUAGCGAUGAAUUCGUGCCGACAGCGACGAUCCUGAAGCUCAUUCGACACUUCGUUGAGCUAAUCCUGAACAAUCCAGAUAAAAACCAACGGGAAGAUCUUUAUGUUGGUGCGGCUGGCACGGCAUUCAUGUUCUGGAAGUUGGCAAAAUCAGCAGAGACAGCACAGCUCUAUCCGUGUCUAGAGCACGCUACCAAGUACAUCCAUCAGGCGAAGACGCUCGCCGCGAAGAAGGGAAGCUCGACCAAGAACUCGAUAGCAUUUCUCUGUGGAAACGCCGGUAUAGCCGCCGUAUCUGCAGCAAUUUCAAAUGCACAAGGCAACCACCUAGACGCGAAGGCCAGCAUUGAGGAUUUUUUGAAAGGCUAUCCGGCAUGCGCCCAAGCUGAUGGCUACGACGCCGAUGAAGUGUUGGUCGGUCGUGCCGGCUACCUACAUGGUGCCUAUUGGUUGAAUCAAGUCAUUGACCCAAAACCAAUAGAAAACACCGUCAUCAAUGAUCUCUGUAAUGUAAUUGUUAAACGUGGAAGACUGUACUCGUCCAGCCAACGUGCCAGCUCGCCCCUGAUGUACGCAUACCAUGGCAAAGAGUACCUCGGGGCCGCUCAUGGCGUAAGCGCUGUUUUGCACGCCCUGCUGGAGUCACACUGGUUCAUCACUGCCACCGAGAGCGGGAAAUUCGAAAACUGUCCAUCCUCCAUGCUAGCAGACAUUCGGAAUUCGAUCGAUUACCUGCUUUCGUUGCAAACCAGCGAUGGAAACUUUCCAACGCGUAGGGAUUCCGGCAGAUGUCUUGUCCAUUGGUGCCAUGGAUGCGCUGGAAUAAUCUAUCUCCUUGCUAAAGCAUACCUAAUCUUUAAAGAUGAACGAUAUUUAGAAGGAUGCCGUAACUGUGCAAACUCCAUCUGGCACAGAGGGUUGCUACGCAAGGGACCCGGAAUUUGUCACGGUGUGGCCGGAAACGGUUACGCCUUUUUACUCAUGUACAGGAUGACCGGUGAAAGGCGUUACUUGUACCAAGCGGCAAAGUUUGCGGAAUUUCUUGCCAGCAACACCUGUUCCGCUCAAUUAUUCGCUCCUGAUCGACCGUACAGCCUGUACGAAGGGUUGGCUGGUGCUGUGUGUUUCCUUGUGGAUGUGCUGGAGCCAUCAGCGGCUUCUUUUCCUUUCAUGGACGUAUUCGAAAGGAAGGUAAACUUCAAUAUUGCAUCAUGAACUAAUAUAAUAGCUAAAAUAAAUAUGAAACUUAAAGGUC